AUGACUCCCUCCGUACAGCUCAGCAACGGCAUGCAGAUGCCGCUGCUCGGUCUCGGCUGCUGGCAGGCCGACGACGGAAAGGACGUGGCCGUGGCCGUGGAGACCGCCCUGCUGGCCGGAUAUAGGCACAUCGACACCGCCUACUUCUACGCCAACGAGGCCGACGUAGGACGCGGCAUCAAGGCCGCCAUCGCCACCGGCAAGGUCAAGAGAAGCGACAUCUUCGUUACCACCAAGCUACCGCCGAUCGGGAUGCGGCCCGAGGCGUAUUUGGAAAUUCCGACCUCGACGAGCGCAGCACGAGCCACCGACCGCGGCCGCCAGCACCCGCCCGCGUCACAUCCCAAGUCCGGCUACAAGGCAGCGCCCGUGCCCACACCCGACACGGUGCCUCGGCAGCAGGGCACAUCGGCCAGCAGGUCCGACUGA